ACUCGCAUCAGUAACUCUAUUCGCAGCUCUAUUCCCAGUUUUGAGAUGGAUAGUUGCAACGCCCUUAAAAGACCUUACUUAGAUGCAAAAUAUUCAUGCUGGGGAAUAACUCAGUGUCAGUAUGACGGGAAAAAAUGCCUGAUUAUUCGAGAAACCCCGACGGAGGAGCUGUUAAAAGACUUAGCUGUUAUUCAAGAUGCUGAUAUUUUAAUAGUACAAAAGUCCAAAAUAAUGCAGCUGGAACGGCUGUUAAUAAAAUUUCAAUGCAUACAGAUGUUGGUUAUCAAUGAAAUGUCUCUUAAUACAUUGCCUCCUUGCAUUUGUUCUUUUAACCAUCUAUCACUGCUAGAUGUCUCUAACAAUCUUUUAUCCAGUUUGCCAGAUGAAAUUGUUCAGUUGACUUCACUAACUGUAUUAGACCUUUCAAAAAAUCGACUCAGAAACAUAGAUGCUGUAUGUGGUUUGUCACAUCUUCAAACUCUUGAUGUAACUGAGAACAAGUUAGAAGAGCUCCCUCGGUCUCUAUGGAAACUCGAAGGUCUACAGACUUUCUCCUGCUCGCUCAAUCAACUUGUUUGUCUUCCGGAAGAGAUAGGAUGCCUGAAAUACCUUAUCAUACUUCGGCUUAAUAACAACAGGCUUUCAUCUGUCUCCCGGUCAUUUUCAAAUUUGACUGGCCUGUUGCUUCUACAACUUGAUGGGAACUGUUUCGACCAUAUUCCUUCUCAGCUUUUCAGUUGCACUUCAUUGUUAGAGUUAAGCCUGGCUCAUAACAAAAUUGAAGGGAAUCUUCCCUCUAGAAUAAGCUCCCUAGUUGCUUUGCGUACUUUGAAUUUAGCAUGUAAUAAAAUAUCAGACUUCCCAGUAGAACUGGAGCAACUACAAUCUUUGGAGUACCUAAACGUCAGCGACAAUCCAGUUAAAAAUUUUUCACUCCCUUUAGGAAAGCUUAAUCGAAUUCAAGAAUUCUCUGCUUCCGGAUGUGGAUUAGCGUUUGUCCCAGAGGAUCUUGGUUUGUGCUCCAAUCUUAUUAUCCUUGAUUUGAGUGAAAACAAGAUCGAAAGACUGGCUAAUGAGAGCCUUAGUUUCCCACAGCUAACCUCUCUGUGUUUAGCAUAUAACAUUAUUUCCAGCCUGCCGGUUUCCAUCUGUGACCUAAAGAAUUUAGUCGUUUUGGAGCUACAAUUUAAUAGAUUGAAUUCACUUCCAGAUGAGUUUGGGGAGUUUUCAUGCACUCUUCGUCAGCUAGACCUGGGACACAAUGUGUUUGAAGUGAUUCCCAUAUCUGUGUUCCACAUCAAAAGUCGUUUAUCUUACCUAUGUCUUGAUUCCAAUCCAAUCUCGGAAGUUCCGGAUGAGAUAGGUAAUUUGAAAGAACUAACUCAUUUGUCUGUGUCCGACUGUAGUCGACUGGUGAGUUUACCAGAGGGUAUAGGACUAUGUUCAAAUCUUCGUAUGCUUAAAGUUUCUAAGAACAAGUUGUCAUCGCUUCCAAAGUCUAUGGCUAAGUUGCAGUCUCUAAAAUAUUUGGAUCUCUCAAACAAUGAUUUUGAAUAUUUUCCCCUGGUUGUAUGUUUUAUACCAAGGCUUCGUGUGCUUCUUUAUGAUCAGAAAGAAGGAAGACCACUAUUACCUGCUAAGAUUCCCGACGGCUGGUAUCAUAAAAGCUUGGCUUUAUAUCCUGAGGCAAGUAACUACGAGCCAGAAUAUAUUGGAAAGUCUUACAAAACUAUAGACACUUCAGUAGAAGACUUUUUAUCAGAAACACGUACAAGUGAAGGUUUGCCGUGUAUGAUUGGAAAUCUUGUACACCUGGUUCACUUAUCUCUUCAGCAUAAUGGACUGUUUGCAUUACCCGAUGUAUUUCACAACAUGAAGUUACAACGACUAAACCUGAGCUUUAACCGUUUGCGUUUCCUUCCUCCCAAUUUCCAUAAGUCUAAGCAUCUAACUCACUUAUACCUGCACAACAACAACAUUGAUCAACUUGACCAAAACUUUCGGAAUUUGAAAACUUUGCGCAUUUUGACCCUCCGAAAUAAUCCCCUUUGGUGUCCUCCCUUGGAUGUUGGAUCCGAUAAAGCUGUUUUCCCAGUGUUUUUCUACUUAAAGCAGCAAAAUUUAUAUGAAGCUUAUAUUUUGAAGUCACUGUGUGAAAUAGUGAUAAACAAUUUGCCGAAAGAAAACACUCAUAAUUUUCUACGUAAAAUUGGAUUUUCGGAUAUAUUGAUAGAAUCCUUGGAAAAACAAUUUCCUGGUGGUUAUAAUCAUGUGAAACGUUUAAAAAUAGCUAUGUCAGCCUGGUCAGGAUAUCCUUUCGACUCUGACAGUUUGCAUUCAAAUGAAAGUCUAGCUGAGCCAUAUCCUAUUCAACAAAUAAAUUCUAGUAAAAAUCUUAUUCAACCUGAUAAAGUUACUGAAUCAGAUAAAGAUUUAUCUAUUGGAUUAUUUCAGGAGAAAAAAUCUCUUUUCUCAAGUAAUAAAUUAUUUAAAGAAUUGCAUUUUGAUCCACCUCCAAGUCCAUAUCGUCUUCUAGAUAUUGUACGCUUGAUUGGUUUAGAAGAGUUGCAUUCAAAGUUGAUGGAAUACUAUUUGAAAACUCAACAGUUGAGAUUUUAAACAAUUGAGUCAGUCAACCAUUAGUAUAUGAUUGCUAUUAGUCACCGUAUUCCAUUAUACCUUCCUUGUUAUAAAACAUAUGAAUCCCUUUAAAUAAAAACUAUCCUUUUUUGUAAUUUUAUUAUUGUUAUGCGUUCUGUUAAAAAGACUUUGCAAUUUUAAAACAGAUGUAUGUCAUUGGCUAAUUUAUCCUAGUUUUUAUUAAUAUUUUGUAUAUUUGAUCCAACUAUACAAAAAACGUUUAUGAUCACCACUGUGAUUCGAAAUUUUCUUUUAAGUAGUUUCUACAUAUACAGCUUUAAUCUAACAAAAAAUGUCUUCCAUUGAACUAUAUCAGAUAUUUGUUACAAUCCCCCCAUGUUUGAUACAGGCGGAUAAACUGACAGAUAUCAGCAUGACUUGCAGCACCUUUCAGUCUACCUAUUUCAUAUGGUAAUUGCUGACAAUCGAACAAACAGUCAAAGGGUUGUAAGAUGGCUGUGAAACAAAGGAUGAGGAAGAAGGAUAACAAGUUUGGAAGUGAGCCAUUAAGAAAGCAGCUGAAUAUGACAUAAAUUACUAGUUAUAUCAGAUUAUUGACACAUGUGUAUUAAUGGAAUUUCAUCACUGUUAGCUAUUCUUACUAAGCAGAGUCAUUUUGUCUUAUUUAAAAAGCAUUAUACGCACAUUUUUGUUUAUUAUAUGUAAAUUUCAAUGUUAUACUUGCCUAACUGUAGACGUAGACACUUGGAAAAGAAGUUCAUUUGAUGUUGUUUGCUCUUUAAAACAAAAUCAAUACUUGAUAAACCUAUAAAAACAAUUCAAUGUAAUAUAAGAUAAAUUUAGGCAAGUUAAUCCCUGUUUAAUACGAUGAACAGGAGAUUUUUAUGUUUAUUUUUAUAAAAUAAAAUGAUUAUUUCAAUAAUUCAAUGUGUAAAACUUCAUCAUCUGAUAGUUCACGUGAUUUCAUCCUUUGUAUGAGUACAAAACUUUCAAUGGACUCGAUAGAUAACUCAAGAAGGUAUUUUAAUUUACAAAUUGUACUUUAAAUACUUUAUUGUAUAGAAAGUGCUUGGAUAUUAUCACUGAGAUAGUUUGUUUAAUUCUCUAUUAUAACAGAUUUUUGAAUUUAAUUCACACUAUCAUUAUAUUUCAUAUUUUUCUUUGCGAGAAGUGUUCUUCUUUAGAUUUUGAAUUAUUAUUAUUGUUUCCUUUAGUUCCUAGAGAAACACGGGGCUUCAACUUCACGUCUUCAUUGCGUUCGUUUCUUCACCAGCGUUUUCACCUGGCUCCACGUCUACCCACGUGCUUUCAACUCCUCUUCACGUGACCUCCUUCAUGUCACCCUCGCACUGACGACCAACUCGCUGCUUACCAUUCAAGUUCCACUCAAGGUAUGGCCUGUCGUUUGAUGUCACUUGAUGGUUGAUUUUUCCAGAGUAUGACCGAUCCACCUCCAUUUCUUCCUGUAUAUUUGUUACAUAAUUGGUUCCUGAUUGGUUCACUUCCAUAGAUCCUUGUUUCUGAUCUCUUUUGGCCACCUGAUCUUGAGUGUUGAGCGAAUCAGCUUUUAUUAUUUGUUGUCCCACUUAGGCUGACUUCGCAGAAGGCUAAACUGUGAUUUUAUUGAAAUUUACAAGAAUUCAUUGACCGCCUACUGACAUUUGUAUAGUCCAUAGUUAAUUAUUUAUUGUCUUGAUACGUAAAUGACUAUUUAUUCUAAUAUAAAGGGUAAAUAGCG